AUGAUGGAUUGUCUUCGGCUGGAAUGGAGCGCCGACAUUGCGGCGACCAUAGUCUCAUUGGCGGAGUGCAUCAAGGAGUACAAAGGUCCCGCGCCCCCCUGCGCCCCUGUGUCCCCCUGCACCUCCCCUGCCUCGGCCCCCCCGCCGCCGUGUAACGUGGCCGUGAACGUGGCGCUCUCACACAUCAACUUGUUCUUCAUAAUGGAGCAGGACGUAUGCCUAAUGACUAGGGUGGACGCGGUCACGUUGGAGAAGACGACAGUCAAAUCUGGGGCGGUCGUUUCUGGAUUCAAAGUGGUCGAUAUGGUGCCUUAUAAAGGCAAUUACCAAUGUCAACGUUCAGACGAAAUCAUGUCUUCGAUACUGUACGUUCAGUUAGCGAGAAUCGAACACAUACCUUCGAAGAGUAGAAACUCGACGUUAUUAGACUUCCAGUUCCUAGAAAACGUCGAUAUUGAAUGGAGUGCCAAUUUGCAUCUAAAGAUAGUUACUUUAAUGCGAGGCAUAAAGACAUUUAAAGAAGAGUUGACAGCGAAAAGACAAGUCUCUCCGUCUCCUUCUAUAGAACAGAAGAAGAAAGAGAGAGCGCUAGAUUGGAAAGUGUCGUUCAAGGCAGAAACCAAUUUGGAAUUGUUACUGUCGGCUGACAAUAACAUGCUGUUUGCUACUGACGACCUGACCGUAGCUUACGACCACGAGGCCGGCCUGUCAUUGGCGUGGACGCAGCUGAAGAUGCUAUUGAAUGGCGACGAACUGGUAACCGUCGAGGGUUACAACAUGGCGCGAGCCGCUGACGACCACGACGUCAGGGUCGAGAGGAACGCCAACGAAGGGUUCGUGCUGCCAUGGAAUAAAGUAUGGUGUGUGAAUAUAAAUUCGGCUCGUUUGAUAUUCCCGUACAAGCAUCGGUUCGCGGAAUCGGUGCAAGGUGACUUUGUAUCGCUGUUGAAAUGGGUGAAGAUGGUUCACGGCAUACAGAAGAAACCGAGCACCGCUGACAGCCCCUUGCCCAGUGACCUACACAUUAAGAUCGAGGAAAUUAUUAUCGAAAUGAGCGACGACCCAUUCGAAGUGAAAUUACGCGACAACUACGAGCUUCUUGAGGACGAGUACAAGGAGAGCCAGAAGAGGCGCACCAUGUUGGAUGCGAAGGUGCAGGAGCUGUGCAAGCCUCACCUGUUCCUGCCCGCGGGCAAAGUGGAGGAGCUGUACGGCGCGCUGCGGCAGAAGGACGCGCAGAUAUACGUGCAGCGGUGCCGCGCCGCGCCCCCCCCGCGCUCCCGCCUCGUGGCGUGCUGCCUCAGCGGGCUGCGGCUGCUCGCGCUCGCCGACCCCUCCACGCACGGGCCGCGCCGCGCCACGGAGUUGCUGCGCGACAUGGACCCGGACAGCCCGUGGCCGGAGGAGGGCGUGGGCUUCUCCACGCUGUGGGCGCGCGCGGUGAGCGUGGCGUGCGCGCAGUGGCAGAUCCUGCUGCGCGACUUCCCGCAGCCGCUGCUGAGCAUGGCCGCGCUGCGUCUGUGGGGCACGCUGCUGGCCGCCGAGGAGCUGCCGCCCACCAGAGCGUUGCGGACGGUGGUGAUAGAUCAAGGUUUACCUUGGGGUGAAUGUGAACUGGAGCGUAGUAUGAUGCCGCUCAAGUGGUAUUACGACUUGUGCUGCGAGAUGGCGCAGUUCAGCUACGCGUUCGGACCAUGCUGGGAGCCGGUCAUUGCGCAGUGUAAUCUAGCAUUCGACCAAGUGUCCCGUCCGUCGUUGGACCCGUCGGCGCCGCUCGCCUGGUGGGACAAGGUUCGGCUGCUAAUGCACGGGCGGCUCACCGCUCACUGCGCGCGCAUGACCUGUCUGCUGCACGUGUCCCUCGACCCUUACAACACCACCGAGGAGAUGGAGCUCACCUGGACCGACCUCGUGCUGGACUGGACCAACGGCAAACUGGGUUUCUUAGGCGAGUUGAACGUGUUCGUUCGUACGGCGAGCAAGUACGACGACUGCCGCGUGUUGCGCGUGCCCUCGCUGCGGCUGUCGGUGAAGCUCGGCUGGCAGAGCGUGGGCGACCCGCGCGACCACCACGCCGUCGCCCCCUGCGCCCCCACCAGGCUGCCCGAGUACUCCAGCAACCAGGAACACGACUCGUACCGAGCGUUCCGGUCGCAAGGUCUGGAUCUGCAUCUUAGCAUGGAAACCAAACCCAUAGACAGAGACGGACCAGUACUAUUGCUUUAUGGCAGCACUCUCAGGUGGUUCGAGAGUCUGAAGCUGAUCCUGUCAGGAGUGACUCGUCCUACGAGACGCGGCCGUGUGUUCAACAACGUGCGGCCACGUAAACAACAAUUGUCGCGCCAUUAUAGAAAUGUCAGCAUGUCUUUAACGCUGCACAAUUUGCAGGUGUUUUACUGGUCGUCUUCAUCUAUGCAACGCGGCAUCGAAAUGUUAUGCGCAAGAGUCACUUGUGGCUCUAAACACCGUCUCACGCUAGUUCCCUCCUCGGAUGGGCUGGUCCGUCGGCCUCGGGCCAACUGGACUAUCGUGUAUAUGAACUGCGACCUUAACGACGCAGAGAUAUGGCUCAAGACCACCGCGCCUGCUAACGAUAAAGAUGAGGUAACACUACGAGGGUCAAACUGA